CAUCCAUGGCUUCCUCAACAAAUCACCAUUUCAUUUUCGUGCUAAUUACAAUUCUUGAAAUCAUCAAAACGUCGUUAGCGUUUGGAAACUUUUUAUCUGUCGAUGGAGGUUUCCCGUUCUCACCUAAACAUGUUGUAAUCAUCAACACAUUGAACUCACAUGAAAUAUUGGUCGUGCACUGUAGGAAUAAAGGGAAAGAUUUGGGGUUUCGUGCGCUCCAAUCCCAAGAACAAAUAGAUUUUAGGUUUCAUGUCAAUCUACGCAGAACAACAACAUACACUUGCACAUUCUCGUGGCCAGGAAAUGCAAAGACGUUUGAUAUUUUUAGAGUGGAUAGAGACGAUAAUUCAAAAAGUACAUGUGGAAUAUGUAAAGAAUGUAUUUGGUAUAUUUGUGAGUCAGGGCCAUGUCGUGCUAGACGCGAUGGAGGGGCUCCUUUCUGUUUUUCAUGGACAUCUUAAAGAUCGACUGGUAUGUCAGAUUAAUAGAUGAAUAGACGAAUUAUGAAAUAGCAGAAUCAAUAGAAUGACAGAAACUUUUAAACUGAUUAGAAUUGAUUUUUUUCAAAGGCAAAAAAAAUUACUAUUUAGUAGCUAGAUGAACAAAUUUUCUCUAGUUUA